CAAACCACUCACUGUCCCUCUCAUAGCAUUGCCACUCAUUGCUCUACUGAUACGACUUCUCGAAAAAGUCACUCGUCAAUUUUCAGACUACGGCAACGCAAAAUGACCUCCCUCCCCGCCUACAAAGCCGACUUCCUCCGCGCGGCGCUCUCGGGCGGCGUGCUCAAGUUCGGCAGCUUCGAGCUCAAGUCGAAGCGGAUCUCGCCCUACUUCUUCAACGCGGGCGACUUCUACCGGGCGGACCUGCUCGAGGCCAUCGCGACGGCGUACGCCGAGGCCAUCGCGGAGGCGCACCGGGCCGGCGCGCUCGGCGACUUCGACGUCGUCUUCGGCCCGGCCUACAAGGGCAUCCCGCUGGCCACGGCGGCCACCAUCCGGCUGGGCCAGCUGGACGCCGCCGCCUACGGCAGCACGUGCUACUCGUUCGACCGCAAGGAGGCCAAGGACCACGGCGAGGGCGGCAGCAUCGUCGGCGCGCCGCUGCGGGGCAAGCGCGUGCUCAUCGUCGACGACGUCAUCACGGCGGGCACGGCCAAGCGGGAGGCCAUCGCCAAGAUCGAGAAGGAGGGCGGCAUCGUGGCCGGCAUCGUCGUGGCGCUCGAUCGCAUGGAGAAGCUGCCGUCGCCGGACGGGGAUGACAGCAAGCCGAUGCCGAGCGCGAUUGGCGAGCUGCGGAAGCAAUAUAAUCUGCCCAUCAUUGCCAUUCUCACACUGGACGACAUCAUCGAGGGCAUGAAGGGGCUGGCAUCGGAGGAGGAUAUCAGGAGGACGGAGGAGUACCGUGCCAAGUACAAGGCGAGUGACUAG